AUGGCAAACUCCACUGAGGAAUUGGAUGAGUUGAAUGUGGAAGAAAAAGAUGAAGAAGACUAUAGUGUGGAAUGUGAUUAUGAAGAAGAAACACUUGUUGAUGGUAUACUAAGUAUUGAUCUUAAGAAUUUUUGUACUGACAAAAUUUCAAAGUUGAGCUUCAUUAGCUUGGAUGUUGCGUAUUUAUUCUAUAAUUGGUAUGAAAGGGUGAAUGGGUUCUCAGUUCGUAGAAGCAAUAUUUUUCAAAGCAAAACAAGUCAUGAGGUAUUGCAACAGACCUUUGUGCGCUCUUGGAAAGAGAAUCGUCGAAUCAGUUGCUUAACGAUGGAAGACCGAAAGCGACAGAAAGCUAUUUACAAUCAGGUUGGUAAACAAAGGGCAAAACAUGAAUCUGAUGGUGUGGCCGCAUUGAAGUACUUGAAGCAGUUGCAACUAUCUGACCCUGAGCUGUUUUUUCGUUACAAAGAGAAUAAUGAAGAGAAUAGUGAAAGUAAAUUGCAGCACAUGUUUUGGAGUGAUGGAAUGAGCCAAAUUGAUUACAAGGCUUUUGGUGAUGUGGUGGCUUUUGAUGCCACGUACGGUAAAAAUAAGUAUAGGUGUCCUUUGGUGUUUUUUUGUGGGGUCAAUCAUCAUCAACAAACCAUUGUGUUUGCUUCUCCUGUUGUUGGUAAUGAAAAGGAGGAGACGUAUGUGAGGUUACUCCAAAGACUAAUGGAAGUUAUGAAAGACAAGACAUCUACGUCGGUCAUCACUGAUGGAGAUAUUCCAUUGAAGAAUGCCAUAACGGUUGUGCUACCUCAAUCCCACCAUAGGCUCUGCGUCGCAUUGAGUCGGAAUGCUAAUUCCAAUAUAAAAGAUCCUGACUUUACUGCUGCUUUCAACCAUUGCAUGCUUGUCGGGUACUAUGACAUAGGGACAUGGAAUAAGAAAUGGACACAAAUGGUGGAAAAGUUUGGGUUGUAUGAAAAUGGAUGGGUUCAUGAAAUGUUUGAAAAGAGGAAGAUGUCGGUUGCAUCGCAUAUGCGUGGUAGCUUCUUUUUUGGAUUUCGUACAACAUCACGUUGUAAGGGUCUACAUUCCAAAAUUAGAAAAUUUGUAAAUUUAAGGUUCAAUGUAACGGAGCUAAUCCAACACUUAUGCAGGUUAAUGAAUCAUAUCAGAUAUAAAGAAAUUGAGACAUACUUUAAUUCAUCUUAUGGGGAUGCUGUGUUGGAGACCAAAUUCAACCGUCUUGAGAGAUGUGGUGCAAAUUUAUUUACAAGGGAGAUAUUCUUCAUGUAUCGUGCAUUACUACAUAGAUCAUGA